AUGGACGCAAAAUUGGAGAUAAUAUUAGAUGAAGAACAUGUACAUAAUGUAAAUAUGAAUCAAAUUAAUACAUGGACCUUUUACGAGACGCUCCUGGGUCUGAGCGUGGUUUUAGUCCUAUAUUUGGCGAUAAUUUUGAAGAUUCUCCCCAAUUUCAUGAAAUAUCGCCAGCCAUAUCAACUGAAUCGAUUGCUUUUAUGGUACAACGGGAUUCAAGUUCUUUCGUCCGCUUAUAUCGUACUUCUUUAUGCUAAGUAUAUAUUUCGCUACGGAAUCAUAACAAAAAGAUGUCCACAAGGAGAGGAUCUAGAAACGGUAAUCGCGGACAUACUUCCAUAUUUUAUAGCUAAGCACAUCGAUCUUCUAGACACUGUCUUCUUUAUUCUUCGCAAGAAACAGAACCAAGUUACCUUCCUGCAUGUCUACCACCACAGCGCUAUGGUUACCUGGACUUGGUUCCAUUAUUUGUACCAUCCAUGUGAUCACUUUGUGGUCGUUGGGCUCAUAAACAGCUUCGUCCACGUAGUGAUGUAUACUUACUACGGUCUCUCGUCUUUGGGGCCCGAGUACGCAAGAUUCAUCUGGUGGAAAAAACACGUGACUAAAAUACAACUGAUGCAGUUUAUACUUGUGAUAUCAAACCUGUACUACCAGCAGAAGCUAACACCUUGCCCAUUGCCCGCUGCUUUUCAUUAUUACUGUGUAUUCAGCAUCAGUUCAUUCUUUGUGCUCUUCAUCAAUUUUUACCUUCGAAGCUACGGCAAGAAACGAAGAGACAGAAACCAAAGUGGCGUAGACGCAAGUGAAUCAGUUAAGGAAGCCUAG